UUUCCUCGGGUUGGUCCUGUUUGGAGUCUGAUGCGUCUCAGAGAAGAUGUGACUCUGACGGCGAAGAGGAAUGUGAAGCAGGAAAUGUAUGGCGGCUGUCAAGAUGACCAAGAUGAGAGAUGGUGUUCUUCAGGUUCUGCUUAUCUCUGCAGUCCUCUUCUUUACAGCAUCAUGCCAGUCUGACAGCAGCAGUAGCGUGGUGGUUGCGGGUUAUAAUGUCAGUGCCCUGGCCGGCUCCCAGGUGGUUCUGCAGUGUGUGAGCGGCCGCAUGGUGUGGACCAGGGACCAGAUGAGGGACAGGCAGAGGGUGGCCCACUGGGACAUUUAUCGGGAUUAUGCAGACUCCCCAAUGGAGAGGGUGGUGGACAUGUUCUCAGCAGGAGAACAUAGGAUCUACACCUCCAAAAACCUGGGCAGGGUCAGCCUCAACCCAACAGCCUUCAAGGAUGGAAACUUCUCUCUGGUCAUCAAAGAUGUGAGAAUGAAUGACAGAGGGCUGUAUUUCUGUAACCUCCACCAUCUCUACUGCCACCUGUAUGAGACGGUCAGAGUUCAGCUCAAUGUGACUAAAUCACGCCGCAAAGAGCAGCGAUUCUGGGAUGGACAGAAGGCUGUGUACGUGGUGCUAGUCGGGAGCACAGCGGUGUUGCCCUGCAUCAACAGACGGACCGUGUGGACAGACUGGAGCAAUGAGGAGGAGGACCAGCAGGUUGUCCACUGGGACCGCCAGCCACCAGGAGUCCGCCAUGACCUCGCUGAUCGGCUGGUGGAUCUGUACGCCUCUGGGGAGCAACGCAGCUACGGACCUCGGUUCCUCCAGACGAAGAUGAACAUCAGCAAUCAGGCCUUCUCAAAGGGAGACUUUUCACUUACUAUUUCGGAUCUGCAGGCUACAGACCAGGGCACUUACUCCUGUCACCUUCACCACCAUUACUGCGGUCUGCACGAGAGAAGAGAGUUUCGGGUCAAAGUCGAGCCGCCGCUGAUUCAGGCCACAGAGAUGGUUAAAGCUCUUCCUGGUCAAGACAAAGAUUCCACCAAGGCUGAGUCACCGGAAGUCAUCACUGUGAUCCUGCCUGACCAAAAGCACAAUAUUCUCCUGCUGCUAGGCUACGUCCUCUCCUCCCUUUUGCUCCUGGCCUUCAUUAUACUCAUCAUCAUCCUGGUCACGCGACAACGCCAAGCCAAAGAGUUUUAUCCCAAAGCAUCAAUGAGGUCCAACAGAAGCUACAGCAGCUCGGACGAGUGUGAGAUAGAGGUUAGGGAGGUGUGUCGACAGGAGAGGAGACUUGACUUUAAGAACAACCUGCUCAGAGAAAGCGCCCAUGCAAGCACUCAGCCGAAACUGAUUGAUCUCGACAAAGAGAUGCAGAAGUUUUCCAAGUAAGAAAAAAAAGACACAAGCAAAAUAUGUGUCACUGGCUGGUCCAGAGGCGGCGCCGCGAUUCAACCUGAGCACAUUCGUAUUACCGUCAGGCUCAGGAGACGCAUCGGAGGGGAAACCAGUGCUGCAACAUGCUGUGCUAUGAAACGUUCUGUUUUUGUGUCAAUGUGUAUUUUAAAUAGCCAGAUAGUGACUGUUGGGUUCUCAGUAAGAACCAAAACUCAAGCAUCACAUGAAGAAUAAUUAUGUUUCUUUUUCAAAAUUUUUUUAUUAACAGAUUUCCAUAUUAUUUGGAAUUAGUUUAUUUUAUGCUCAAACUAAAAUUUUAAGCAUAAUUCAAGAUAAGUUGCUGUUAAUUUCUUACUCUCGUCAACAUACAGACCUGUUUUUGGUUCCGCUAACCAUUUCUAUAUAAACAUUAAAUGCAGUUUAGUGUGCAAAAGAAAAAUGUGUAGGAAGAGGUGGUUUUUUGUCAGCUUUUCGAAAAAAAUAAAAAUCUCAAACGAUCCCAUCAGGCGGUAAGAGAAAAACUACAAUAAAAGUUAAAAGGCUACAAAUUUUGGUGCUUUAUGUGUCAUUGUGUGUGUGUGUGUGUGUGUGUUUUAGAUACACUUGCAUCUUUUACUAUAUUUUUGUUUACAAUUAAUUUCAGAUAAAUUACUGAUUAUGUGCGCCCCCUAGUGUAGAAACACUGACGUAAGCUAAUGUAACAGAACCUUUCUACUUCAUCAAGCAGUUUUUGACCUUUGCUUCCUCUAACAUUAAAUUCACAUGUUGCUGCUGCAAUUUAUAACUAACAAAUAAAUAUCCAACACUGGGUAAUUUGUUCGGUAAUGCUUCCUUUUACAGUACUCUAAUUACUAAGUACUUACAUGGUAAUUACAUAGUAAGUUGAAAUGUAUUGUUAUUGUUUCUGAGUUCUUAAACAUUAUUACUAUUAAACUCAGGUUCAAUUCUAGUUUUUAUUUUUAUGAAUCAUUCCCAGUAAAUACUGCUUUACACAAUAAUUGCACUUUAUUCCAAUUAUACAUGUUAAUUACACAAUAAUACACUAACUUACUAUGUAAUUACCAUGUAAGUACUUAGUAAUUAGGGGACUGUAAAAGGAAGCGUUACCAUUUGUUCUUUUGUGAAUAAAGAUAUUAGAUACAUAAAUCAUAGAAAAUCUGUAAUAAUAUUUGUUGUUCUUACUUUUUAAGAGUCUGCACCUCCAGUUUGCAUCAGGGUAAUUAGAUCAACCGCUUUUUGUUCCGGACUUAAUAAAAAAAUUAAAUCCUACCCACAUGCAUCUUAGGUCACAGGUCAUUUAUUUACUUCUUUGUCACAAACCGUCCCUGAAUUCAAGACAAAUGGCUUUGUAUACACUUCAUAGAAUGUCUUGUGUACAUUUACUAUAAAGUACACAGUACUGUAAUUUAUAUUUCAUCUAAAAAUGAUUAAAAAAACAACCUGGUCUGCCUCAUACUGUUGGACAAUACUGAAGGAAGAAGACACUGCAUUCAUUCUCUCUCUCUCUCACACACACACACACACACACACACACACACACACACACACACACACACACACACACACACACACACACACACACACACACACACACACACA